UUUUUGCUUUAUUUUAUUAUUUAAACAGUUGUAUAUUUAAUAAUAUAUGAUAAAUAAAUUAUAUAUAUGUAAAUAUUUGUAUAUAACACGUUUUAUUUUAUUGUAAAACCAUUGACGUCGUAUAGAAACGAUUUUAUUAAUUGUAACGAUGCCUUCUCGUAUUUCUUGCACGGUUCAAGGCCAAGUUCUGCAAUGCCCCAUCAACAAAGAGCACAAAAUAACACAGAUGCAUUUUGUUAGACAUCUAAUGAAAUGCAUCAGCAACAACGGAGGCAGAGAAGUCUGGUCUCUCUGUCCUUUUAACAUUAAACAUUGUGUUCUAAAAGAGAACUAUGUAGAACAUGUUAAAAAUUGUGCCGAUAGACAAGAUUUUGUAAGAGAGGACCCAGUAUUGAAAAUGAACGUUGUGGAUCCUUUGAGUCGCGAAUUGGAGGGUUAUGAAGAAGAGUUUUGGGAUUAGGGAUAGAUUGUAAAUGAAAGGAAGGAAAAUAAUUUUAAGCUAAGUUUUAAGUAUGUAGAAGUGUACAUUUGUAUUUUAU